AUGCCGACUCCCAAGAAUUGCCGUAAAGGAGGCCACGAGAAGAGCUGCAGGAAGGGAUUAUUAUCAGAAAAAGCAUCGUCGUUUCACGGAAGAACUGGAAGGGUGGUCGAGGAAGGGAUGCUGCCGCGGCCAAAAACGGUGCCGGACUUGGUGGCGAGAAAGAGAGUUGGUGCAGCGGUUCCGGAUGUAGUACUGGCGAUGCAAGACAGGCGUGAACUGACGAAAUUGCUGCUGAAUGUGACAAUACAGAGAAGCCUUGGCGCCGUACAGGUGGUGAUGCCGCCGGAGGCCACAGUGGACGAUUUGAUUGCGGCGGCGCUGAGACAGUAUUCCAAGGAGGGAAGGCGGCUGAUUCUCCCGUCUACAGACCCUACCGGCUUCGACCUCCAUUACUCUCAGUUUAGCCUAGAAAGUUUAAACAGGGAGGAGAAGUUAAUGGCAUUGGGGUCAAGGAACUUUUUUCUGUGCCCAAAGAAGGCAGUGGAAGCCUCCAGAGACGGCGGUCAUGUGACGACGGCUCCGACUUCGACUUCGAGUUGUUCUAAAGAAGCUGCUAAGCCUACCAAGAUUAAUGGGUUGCCAUGGCUCAGGCUCAUGGAGUUUUUACUGUGA